GCUUUCAGAUUCAAGCCAGUUAAACACUUACCCACAGGCAAUAAACUCAAAGCAACUUACACCUUCAUAAGGAAGUCCAGCCUUGCCCACUCACCAUGUGAGGCCGGGCCACUCUCGCCUCCCCGUGCCGGUUUUCCCGGCGGCUCUGCACAACCGCAGCACCCGCAGCGCUGCCACUUUGAGAGGACGCUUGGUGCCCGGCCAGCCAGACAGGACGGAUGGACAGACAUACACGUCCAGUUCAGAGGUGGCCCUGGCAGCAGCCGCCUGCAGGGAUGGCGCUCCUCUCCUUCCUCCGGCGAUGCGUUCAGCUCCUCGUCUUGCCCAUCCACAUACUGGCCUGCCUGGGCUUAUGGGACUCCUUCUAUAAGAAAGUCUUCCCAUAUCUCAUGGCCAAGAUGGCGCCCAUCUACAACCAUAAGGUCUACAAGCAGAAACAAGAGCUGUUCGGCAACUUAAGAAAAUCUGCAGGUCCUUCGGGCCAGCUCACGUUGCUGGAAAUCGGCACGGGCACCGGCACCAAUUUCCAGUUCUACCCGCCAGGCUGCCGGCUGGUGUGCACCGACCCUAACCCCAAUUUCAGGAAGUUCCUCCUCAAGAGCCUCUCAGAGAACCGGCACCUUAAGCUUGAACGUUCGGUGGUUGCUUCUGGCGAGGAUCUGCAUCAAAUACCAGACAGCAGCAUGGAUGUGGUGGUGUGCACCUUAGUGCUGUGCUCCGUGACCAACAUGGAGAAAGUCCUGACGGAGGUUUUGCGGGUGCUCAGGCCGGGUGGAGCCUUCUACUUCUUGGAGCAUGUGGCUGCAGAUCAUUCCAGCUGGACCUACUUUUGGCAAAAGGUCUGUGACCCAGCCUGGAAGUAUUUUGGAGAUGGAUGUUCCUUGAGCAGAGAGACACAGAAGGAGCUGGAGAAAACUAAUUUCUCAGAACUGAAUUUGAGGCGCAUUCAUGUCACACCUUACUGGAUGCCUACUAGUCCUCAUAUCAUUGGGUAUGCAGUAAAAUAAAUGACCAUGAGCACGGCGGGACACAGGACCUCCCUUCAGUCCUCUGUUCAUGCUUUAUAGAAGGUUUUUCACCCUUACGGUCAGCCCAUAUACAGCAGCUGGCUACCCAGAAUAAGAGUGUGGAAAACUUCCUGAGCAUCCAUAGCUCAUUCAAACUGGGAAUCACAUUCUUUGAUUUGUUAGAUAGGUUUUUCUGGAUACAGCUCUGAAAUAGAGCUGCUGCCCAGGGACCCAGCAAACGGGAAAGAAGUCUAGACAACAUGUUUCAGGCCAAUACAAAAUAAAGGAGGAGUCAGCACCUUAGAGAGCUGAGAAGGGGGAGACGGAGGAAAGGGAACAGAAGAUACACUCAAGCAAGUACAGAGGGCUAACAUUUUCCUAAGGGCAGAGAAUAAUGCCCAACCUCUAACAUUUCCAAUACAGGACACAUGCAUAAUAGAUACAGCAUCACUACGAGCAUUUUCAUUUCAGUCUUCCCAUUAUGAAACAUAUUUACGAGCAGGCGUUCGUUC